CUUUCCCAUUAUUAGUGCAAUUAUGAAAGUUUCUCUCAUGUUAAUAUCCGCUUUGGCGUCCGUCGGCGCCUUUUGCCCAGCCGUCACACCGCCCCAGACUUUGUCGUCACUGUAUCUGUUUGGCGGCGGUGGUGGCAAUCAGGGUGGUGAAAAGAAGGGUCCCGGGAUGAUGGAUCAACUCGCCAUGUUCAAAAAGGCGCAGGAAAUGGCACAAAAGAAGAAUAAACUGGACGAAGAACUAAAACUGAUGACAUUCUACGGAGAAGGCAGCGAAGGCAAAGUGAAGGCUACCAUGAAGUAUGUGCCGGUGGCCAACCCCAUGGAUCCUAAUCCGGACUACGAAGCCACUGUCUUUGAGUUUGACGACGAGUUUUACGAGGCGGCGUCGACCGAGGAACUGGCGGCAGCGUGCAAAGAAGCACUCUUUGACGGCAUUAAGAAUACCAACGAAGCCGUAUCGGACAAAUACCAAGUCCUCCAGGCAGACUUAAUGGAAGCCUUUGGGCAAGCGGCACCGCCGAAAGAAUAAAUGCAUGUUUCGGUUUCUGUCACAUUUCUUUCUCUUAGGAUUUGCCUAUUUCUCACUACGGUUCGAAAAUCAAUCGUAUCCCGUACUAUGGAAUGGACCAAAUGAUCUCAAGGGUUUGAUUUAUAGUUAAGCUGUAAAUUACUUCGUAUGGUCUGUG